AUUGAGGUAUUCAAUGUGGAUUGAGGAUUAUAGCACUGGGGGUUGAUCUGCAAAAAUCAGCUCAGUGCUGGACCUCGCUUACAUAAUCACUGCCUGAGGUUCAGCCUCCGAUUGCAAACCCACCCUUUUUGUCUGUUGCAACUGGCAUCAUGUUUGCAACUUGAACCACCUUCUCUUUAUCGUCUGUGCUUCAUUGCAGAUUUUUGCAACCCACUUUAUCGGGGGCAAUGGGGAAUGGAAUGAGCAAGGUUUUAGAUGGACUCUAUCUCGGAAAUAUUAGAGACUCCAAGGAUAGAGAGAAUCUGACAAAGAAUGGGGUUACACAUGUCCUGUCUGUGUGCCACAAUGCGGAGGCUGUGCUUGAGGACAUGACAUACCUGUGUAUUCCUGCUGCAGACGCUUCAAACCAGAACCUGCUGCAGUACUUUAAGGAGUGCAUCAAGUUUAUUCACAUGUGUCGACUACGUGGCGGAGGGUGUAUUGUGCACUGCUUAGCUGGAGUUUCCCGCAGCACCACAGUGGUGGUAGCUUACCUGAUGACUGUGACUGAUUACGGCUGGGAAGAAUGCCUGUCCGCAGUGAAGGUCUGCCGAUCGUAUGUCAGUCCGAACUUUGGCUUCCAGCAACAGCUCCAAGAGUUUGAGAUGAACCAUGUCAAAGAGUAUCGAAGGUGGCUGCGGAUGGAGCUGGGAGAAAGCAGAUUUAAUGACAAACAAGAGAUCGGGAAGCUGCUGUCGGAGUACAAUGAGCAACAGAAGCAACAGCAGCCAGGAUGUGGGCAGCCUCGCUGGGCAAACCCUACAGCGACUGUCUACCCGCUGCCCUACAACGCCUAUGGCACAGCCAAGCAUGGGUGGGUGAAUCGAUAAGGAGGCUCACAGCUGUAGCUUUGCCGCGUUCAUUGCCACAACCAAGGCAGAAUAUAUCUUUAUAUAUCUAUGUAUAUAUACAGCCAUAUCAACCGCCAAUGCAAGACAAAAGCACAGGAGUGAAACUUGCGAUGUUUCGUAACGCCUUCCUUGUACUAGUUAUGGGUUGUUGCUGCGUAAUUUCAUGGAAAGGUUUCCAGAGUCUUUCCAAACCUUAUUCAAAGUGCCUAAGAACAGCAACUAACCUACUACAGUUAGGUUUCUUGUUAAACUUUAUUAAGUGCAGCAUAGGGACUUCAUACUGUGGCACAAGGGCUACUGCUUAGUUAUUCGACAAUUUGCAACUCAGCGACAUCUUACCCACAGCCCCCGUGCCGUAAAAUGUGGACAUAAUUUGCUUCCUGCGCAUUGCAGCCUGGAUCAGUGCUUAUUUAUUAUUACCAGAUAAUCCUAUUCACUUUUCGAAGGAAUAAAGUAAAAUUCAGUCUU